CAAAGCAGUGAGCCAGCUGAUAGCGGAUGCAGGGAUUGGUGGAUCUCGUUUUCAACAUUCACUGGCAAUUAUAAAUAAUUUUGCUAAUGGAGACAAGCAGAUGAAAAACGUUAAUUUCCCAGCAGAGGUGAAGGAUCUGACAAAACGCAUCAGAACAGUUUUAAUGGCUACAGCUCAGAUGAAGGAGCAUGAGAAAGACCCUGAGAUGCUUGUGGAUCUGCAGUACAGCCUGGCAAAUUCAUAUGCCAGCACGCCUGAAUUACGAAGGACAUGGCUUGAAAGCAUGGCCAAGAUUCACGCAAGAAAUGGAGAUUUAUCAGAGGCUGCUAUGUGCUAUAUUCAUAUUGCUGCUCUCAUUGCAGAGUACCUGAAAAGAAAGGGUUACUGGAAAAUGGAAAAGAUUUGUACCUCACGUAUGCUCCUGGAAGAUGGUCAAGUCUCUGAUAGUAAUGUGUUACUAACAACUCACAAUGGAGGAAGCUUAUUUUCCAUGGGAUGGCCUGCUUUUCUGAGCAUUACCCCCAACAUAAAGGAAGAAGGUGCUAUGAAGGAGGACUCUGGGAUGCAAGAUACUCCCUAUAAUGAGAAUGUUCUUGUGGAGCAGCUGGAGCUGUGUGUUGAGUACCUGUGGAAGUCUGAGAGAUAUGAGCUUAUUGCUGAGGUUAACAAGCCCAUCAUUGCUGUUUUUGAGAAGCAGAGGGACUUUAAAAGACUGUCUGAUUUGUACUACGACAUCCACCGCUCAUACCUGAAGGUUGCAGAAGUUGUGAACUCUGAGAAACGUCUCUUUGGGCGAUAUUACCGCGUUGCAUUUUAUGGACAGGGUUUUUUUGAAGAAGAGGAAGGUAAAGAGUAUAUCUAUAAAGAACCCAAAUUAACUGGCUUGUCUGAGAUCUCUCAAAGGCUGAUGAAACUUUAUGCAGAUAAGUUUGGAAUAGAUAAUGUGAAGAUCAUCCAGGAUUCCAAUAAGGUCAACCCGAAAGACCUGGAUCCAAAGUAUGCAUAUAUCCAGGUGACAUAUGUCACGCCUUUCUUUGAAGAGAAAGAAGCCGAAGAUCGAAAGACCGACUUUGAAAUGCAUCACAACAUCAACCGUUUUGUGUUUGAAACACCUUUCACGCUCUCAGGAAAAAAGCAUGGAGGUGUAGAAGAGCAGUGCAAGAGGCGCACAAUCCUGACAACCAGUCACUUGUUUCCCUAUGUGAAGAAGCGUAUUCAAGUCAUAAGCCAAACCAGCACAGAGCUGAACCCUAUCGAAGUGGCGAUUGAUGAGAUGUCCAAAAAAGUCUCAGAGCUCAAUCAGCUUUGCACAAUGGAAGAAGUGGACAUGAUCCGACUGCAGCUCAAACUCCAAGGAAGUGUCAGUGUCAAGGUAAAUGCUGGACCAAUGGCUUAUGCUCGCGCUUUUCUUGAAGAGACAAAUGCAAAGAGAUAUCCUGAUAAUCAAGUUAAGCUUCUGAAGGAAAUCUUCAGGCAAUUUGCAGAGGCAUGUGGACAUGCUCUUGAUGUCAAUGAACGCCUAAUUAAGGAGGACCAAUUUGAAUAUCAGGGAGAGAUGAAGUCGCAUUAUAAGGAUAUGCUCAGUGAGCUGUCUGCAGUUAUGAAUGAACAGAUUGCAUACAAGGAGGACUCAGCAAAGCAGCAAGGAAUGGAGCGCACUUAUUCACGAGUCAUCAAUAGAGCCAGCUCAUCCGUGCCAGCAGCAACCGCCCCAGCAAAUCCUGAUGCUUGACUGCGG